CCGGCAGAACAGGAGCCAGAGGGAAGAUUACAGUACUGUCGCUGUGCUCUACAAAAGCACUUUCUAAAAACAGCGCUUGCCUAAUAAAGAUAUGGGGCUUGUACGUUCACUGUUGGCCUUCUCAGCACUAUAAAUACUCUUGCUGAAGAACAUACAGGCUUUGGUUGUUGCAGGUUAUAUCUGGUUCAUACACUCUGUAACAAAACAGGAAGGAUAUCUGCUCCUUUCUGCAUUACAGGACUGAGGGACCUUAAUAAUUUAUAAGGAUGCCUAGAGUGGACGCAGACCUCAAGCUUGACUUCAAAGAUGUCCUUCUCAGGCCAAAGAGGAGCAGCCUCAAAAGCAGAUCAGAGGUAGAUCUAGUGCGCACCUUUACAUUCCGCAACUCCAAACAAACCUAUACUGGUAUACCCAUAAUUGCGGCUAAUAUGGACACUGUGGGCACCUUUGAAGUGGCAAGGGCUUUGAGCAAGCAUGCACUAUUUACUACAAUUCACAAGCAUUACUCAUUAGAAGACUGGAAGAACUUUGCAUCACUAUCUCCUGAAUGUCUUGAGCAUGUCGCAGCCAGCUCUGGUAGUAGUCAAGCAGAUCUGGAGAAGCUGAGUAGCAUCCUGGAAGCCAUUCCGCUUAUCAGAUACAUUUGUUUGGAUGUAGCUAAUGGAUACUCAGAGCACUUUGUAGAAUUUGUGAAGACUGUACAUGGCAAAUUUCCAAACCACACUAUAAUGGCUGGCAAUGUGGUUACAGGGGAAAUGGUGGAAGAACUAAUUCUUUCAGGAGCUGACAUCAUAAAAGUUGGAAUCGGACCAGGAUCUGUUUGUACAACCAGGAUUAAAACAGGUGUUGGUUACCCACAGCUGAGUGCUGUCAUUGAAUGCGCUGACUCUGCCCAUGGGUUGAAAGGACAUAUCAUCUCAGACGGAGGCUGCAGCUGCCCAGGAGAUGUCGCUAAAGCAUUCGGGGCUGGAGCAGAUUUUGUGAUGCUGGGAGGAAUGCUGGCCGGACAUGAUCAGUGUACAGGAGAGAUCUCUGAAAGAAAUGGAAAGAAGGUGAUGCUGUUCUAUGGCAUGAGCUCAGAUACAGCCAUGAAGAAACAUGCUGGCAAAGUGGCUGAAUACAGGGCAUCUGAAGGUAGGACAGUGGAAGUACCGUACAGAGGAGAUGUGGAGGACACUGUGCGGGACAUCCUAGGAGGACUAAGGUCUACUUGCACAUAUGUGGGAGCUGCCAAACUGAAAGAGCUAAGCAGACGGACAACUUUUAUCCGUGUGACCCAGCAGUUCAACCAGAUGUUUUCUUAAUGGUGUAAAUGCUUAAGCAGCGAUCGCAUCAAUCUCAACACAGGCUUCCGUCCCAUAUCUGUUUCCAGACAAACUCUUCUUUUUUCAUGUAUUACAUUUCCACACAAAACCAUAGCUGACAUGUAGACAGGCUUCCUAUGCAGUAUAUAUAGAAUACCUCUCCAUCUGUAUUAUCACGGAUACAUUCAAAUCAAUAAUUUCAUAGCCAAUCUAAUUUUUUGUUAUGUAACAUAUUUUAAUAUAUUUUACAGACCUAGAUGAUAUAUACAUUUAUUUAUUAUUUUUAAAUCUAAAACUUAGCGCUAAUAGAUCUGUUAUGACUAUACUUACUGUACUUAGACCAGGUCUGCCUGGAAGUGGCCCUUAUUGCCCAUUUUGUGGCCUUAAAGUAUACAUUGUGAACUGGUUGUAAAAUAAUAAAAUAUUGAAAGUGC